AUGCCGUCCACACAUAAUGUAGAUAAACCCUGGGAUACGGACGAUAUCGAUAAGUGGAAGAUUGAGCCCUUCAAGCCCGAAGAUAAUAAAGCCGGCGCAUUCACAGACGAGUCCCGCUUCAGCACCCUCUUUCCCAAGUAUCGCGAGCAGUAUCUCAAGGGAUCAUGGAAGUUCAUUACCCAAGCGCUGCAGAGACUGGGCAUCGGAUGCGAGCUCAACUUGGUUGAGGGCUCCAUGACUGUAUGGACCACACAAAAGACGUACGAUCCAGCCGCAAUCCUGAAUGCACGCGAUCUCAUCAAGCUACUUGCUCGAAGUGUGCCAGCGCCACAAGCUAUCAAAAUCCUUGAAGACGAUGUGGCUAUGGACAUUAUUAAGAUUCGGAACUUGGUGGGCAACAAGGAGCGUUUUGUCAAGAGAAGACAGCGUAUCCUGGGACCCAAUGGAUCAACGCUCAAGGCUCUGGAAUUGCUCACUGAGUGUUAUCUGCUCGUGCAAGGAAACACAGUAGCCUGUAUGGGCCCUUACAAAGGACUCAAGCAAGUACGGCGCAUCAUCGAGGACACCAUGCACAACAUUCACCCCAUCUACGCUAUCAAAGAGCUCAUGAUCAAGAAAGAGCUUGCCAAGGAUCCCGAACUCGCCAACGAGAGCUGGGAUCGCUUCCUGCCAAAUUUUAAGAAACGAUCUCUCAGCAAGCGCCGCAUACCCCACAAGGUCAACGACAAGUCAAAGAAGCCGUACACGCCAUUCCCGCCACCUCAGGAAAAGAGCAAGGUCGAUCUGCAGAUCGAGAGCGGAGAGUACUUCUUGGGCAAGCAUGCAAAGGAGAGGAAAGCUCAGGAAGAGAGGGAGGAGAAGAUGAAGGACAAAAUGGACGCCAAGAGGAAAGAAAGAAUGGCCGACAUCAACGACAAGCUAUGCGUAUACACCGAUACAUCUUUUGCUCAAAACCGAGGCAUCUCAAUAUUCACCACGCCAAGUCUGGCCAAGGACUUCGCAUCGCUGCCCGCAUUUCGCGAUGCAUCAGCCCUCGUAUCUCAAUCUAUCAACAAGCCCACAGAUACCUACCACGCCACAUCCAUCCCAGGAAAAGGCAUCGGAAUGCUCGCCUCGCGGCCCCUGAAAUUUGGAGAGCGGGUCACAGCCUACACCCCUGCAUUCCUAGCCUACUUGGAAUCCGAACUAUCCACACUAGACCGUGAAGCCCUCUGGCGCACCGCCAUCGAGCAACUCCCCGCGGAGCUGAAGGAGAAGUUUCUCGGUCUCGCAACCGUAUACGGCGACCCUAGAGUCCAGAUCCAGGAUAUCGUUAAAGCGAAUACGUUCCAGGUGCUGCUAAAUGGGGUAAAUCAUCUAGCCGUGUGGCCAGAGACUAGUCGUUUGAACCACGCUUGUGCACCAAAUGCACAAUACGUCAUAGACACCGACUUGCUGUCCCACACCGUCCGCAUCACACGCCCCAUUGCCAAAGGCGAAGAAAUAACAAUCUCAUGUAUUCACCCCUCCACUAUCACACCGCUCUCUAUCCCGCCAGUCUAA